AUGUUUCCAUUUGAACAAAUUAUUAACAAAGCAGAAAACAAACCAGAUGAAGUCCAAAUGGAAAUAUUAAAGAAAAUAAUAAAUUCAACAUUCAUUAUCAGAAAAAAUGAAACAGUAACGCUUAUGGAAAUAGUUAAUACAUUACCAAAGAAAGAAGACACAAAAACAACAAGGAAAGAUGAUAAUGAAAGUAGUAAAGAUUAUAGAGAUGAUAGGUCACGUAAAAGAAAAGGAAAUGAUGAAGAAUAUUCAAGAAGAGAUGAUCGAAAUUAUCGUGGAGAUUAUCGAAGAAAUAAUAGUAAAUCAUCAAGGAGUAGUUCACGAAAGAGAGAUCGAGGAGGAAGACAUUGA